GCGACGUCCCACAAUGACGUUUUGCACACAGCAAUGAGGCCAUGCGACGAAAAGUUUCGUAAGGUUACUGUAUUUUUUUGUAAUAUGGUUCCUUAUUCUAGACAACCCGAAAUGACAAGGACAAUUUAAUGUGAAAUUGACUUUUGGUAAAGAAAAUGCUCACAAUACUCCCUAAAACUGUCCAGCAUGUGUUUAUUCAGCCAAGAGCGUCAUGCCAAAGAUGUUAUCAAAUUUGCCGGUAUGCAACAUGGCCUUGGUCCGACACAUCGAGUAAACCAACGACCUGGAACAAGGCUGUUUCGGACGCGGAGAAGAUCGUGGGAUAUCCGACAUCAUUUAUGAGCCUGCGCUGUUUACUUAGUGAUGAGAUUUCUAAUGUGGCAUUGCUGAUGAGAAAAUUAGUAGGGACAAGACAUCCUCUACUGAAAACUGCAAGGGGCCUUGUCGUUGAUGGAAAAUACAACAUACAGACCAGAGGACUCCUUGUACUUCUUAUAUCGAAAUCAGCUGGUGCUGCUCAGAAUGUGUCCCACAAUUUAUCAGAUCCAGAUAUAGUUGAUGGCAUUCACAAAAGUCAGCGGACAUUGGCAGAGAUUACAGAGAUGGUCUACACUGCAAACCUUAUCCAUAAAGGUGUGAUCAACCUCUCGGCUCUCACGCCAGAAGAUGGCCCUGCACAGGACAUGGAGUUUGGCAACAAAAUGGCGGUUCUUAGUGGAGACUUCCUGUUGGCUAGUGCUUGUACAGGCUUAGCAGAACUCAACAACACUAAGGUUGUUGAAAACAUAUCUCUGGCCAUUGGUAAUCUAAUGGAAUCAGAAUUCACAGACCUGCGAGAUAAGGAUGGAAAACCAGUACUACCAUCAAGUGUUAAGUUUGACGAUUGGUUGCAACAAACAUUCCUGGCAUCAGGAAGCUUACUGGCCAGGGGUUGUCAGUCUGCCAUGGAACUUUGUGGUUAUGACAACCAUGUCCUGCAAGCUGCCUUUACAUUUGGUGAAAAUAUGGCAUAUGCACAUCAGAUGCAGGAAGACCUGAAACCUUUCCUGAAGCCAGAGGAACACCUACAGGAAUUAACCUUGACCUCGGCUCCAGUCAUCAAGUAUCUAGAAAACAACAAGACAGCACAGCAAACACUGAUAGAAAACAUGAACUUCGAAAAGAUUGUAACAUUAGUGAAGGAAAGCCCAGCAGUAGCAGAAUGUGAACAGCUGUGUAUAGAGUAUGGACAGAAAGCUAAGGCAGCAUUGAAUGUGUUUCCAACAUCAGACGCUCAGAAUGCAUUAGUGAACAUUGUAAAUGCUACAGCAGUUUCAUAACGAAUGUAACUUUUUAUGUGUAUGCAUGUGUUAGUAUGUAUGUGUAUGGAGGGAUAUAUUUCAGAAUUUAUUAUUUGCUUUUCAUUGGAUUUUUUUGUCUAACCGGGCUAUGACACAUUAUCUGUUCUUAUUUUCCUUUGAAGGACAACUCCUUCGGAACAGUUGAAUAAAAGUUUAAUAUUAUUUUGUU